CCCCUAUUCUCUCUUCCUCAUCACCUUCACAAACAUGGCUCAAAAUCGUGAGCUCGAUCAGCAAACCCGUCCUCUAGCAAACCCAGAUAGCCGGAUGUCACGUUACCGGAUCUCCCUCCGUCGCCGGAAGCUCCCAAUGGCCCGCCUCGGAGGCAAGAAGCCGCCACGAGGCGUCAUGCUAGUUAGGAUGUUCAGAAAAAUCAGACUGAGGUGGCUGAAGCUGAAGUAUUUCUGCAUGUUGAAGAAGCUCAAGGAGUCUUACAAGAACAUGGUGAAGGACCUCAUGGAAGCCGGAGCGAGCUUUGAAACGUUUCAGCAGAAGAUAUUCAUGGAGGCCACGUUUGCAAUUCCGAUGGGAGUUUCUCUUUCUAGCUACCCCUCUAUUCCCGGGUCGGAUCGGCCCAGAACCCUUUACAUCUAGUACUUUAUUUCAUCAUGAUGAUCAAGUUAAAUCAUAAUGUUUAGAAAUAAGAAAAGUGGAUUGCCCUUUUUGCUGUUUUUAUUUAUACGUUGAGAGAAUUAUUUUAAUGUAAUUGAAUGAAUCUGUAUUCUAGUUCUAAGAGCUCCAAUGGAUGAAGAAAAUCAUGUACAAUCUCAUUUCCCAGCAAUGCAGAUGGAAAUAUAGUU